GACAGAUGUGCAAACAAUCGGCAUUUCAGCUACAUUUAUUUUAACGAGAAAACUAUCGCAAUGCCUUCGAGUUUAGUUGACCUGCGCCCGGACCGUCGUCUGUUGGACCACGAGUUCGAAGGUUACAAGCUUAACCUGCAGGCGUUACCCCACUACAGUCACGAGCUAACGUCGCGCGUAGACCGUGUUUUCCCCGACGACGUCCAGUACUCUUUCAUUCACGCGAAGCUCUUCGCACUUCAUAAUCACCUGGUAGCAGACAAGUGGGAUUACACGCACAGCUUCUACUACAUAGAUGAGAAACAGCAAGUUAGGCACGUUAGUUUCGAUAACGCUAAUCUAACGUUUCUAAACAACGUUGUUUACGAUGUCCCGGCUCAUGUCGAGCGGAAAUCUGGUCAUUUUAACCUGUGCCUGUCGUUCCCUUCGAGUACUUUGGCUUUGGUGAGUGACGGGACCGGGUACUUGCAUAUAGUUGACACGCGCGCUCGCAGCAGACCGGCCGAACGCAAUGCGCAAUGGCAAACGCAGCAGUCCAGUCUCAUCUUGGGCGAAAAUAAGUAUUUCAUAAUUGUAGACUCUAGAAUUGUAGAGAAAAACAAUACGGAAAUAUUACACUGUCUCUUACUGUCUGUAGAGCAGAAUGAAGCUCAGUUUGACUCUGUUUUAACAUGGGUCACUUUUAAGUUUGACGAAAUUAAUUCAACCUGGUGUCAAAUGAGCUUUAGACAAGUGCAAGGCAAAGGCAUUGUACAUUAUGCCGCAUUGGAGAGUUUCUGUUCCGCUAUCUACAUAGCUUCAGAUCAUCCAUUCAAAUUUACAAAAGACUCGGAAAAGGAAAUAGUAGAAAAAAAGGAAGAGAUCAAGACAAUAUUGUAUACGUGGCUGCAAACAUCAGAAGACAUAACUAUUACGUUGAAAUUGGAAGAAAACUUUGACAAGAACCUUUUCCUAGUGGACGUUGGUCCGUUGGAAGUUAAAAUAAGCUACGGGGGUAAAGUGUUUGUAAGUGGCCGACUACGGAACAGAGUGGAUAGCGAGUUGACUACCUGGAAUGUACAAGAUAACGGUCAAGUUAAUGUACUGUUGACAAAGUCUGACAGCAUGCUGUGGGACAACCUCAUUGAGGGUGGUGAUAAUAAGGGUGAACAGAUUAUGGAUGAGAGUCUGAUCGAGGAGGCGCAUCGCAAACUGUCACAUCUGUGCUCCGAGACGGAGGUGACAUCCGUAGAACAGUCCGCUCCAGGGCUCUCCACGCAAGAGUUAGAGGAGUGUGAUGCAGCAUCCGAGGAGGACACAGUGCUAGUUCGCUUACAAACCAACCACGAGACAACCCACCGCGUGCCGCUGAGCGUCAACCGCUACCUGUUCAGUCUCACCAUCGACCCCCAACAGUCACCCGCCAUCGUCCUACGCCACGACGUUGACGCAUGCAUCUGGCAACCUUACCCUACCGACAACCGACCUUUUCUGACCCACGAGGGAACUCUGAUGGCCUUCGGAUACAUACAGUCUUCCAAAACGAAUAGAAAAUUCAUCACUUGCCCUCCUAAUUUAUCUUAUGGGGUUGUUUGCGAGAGUUCGAGACAUAUUUUCGUGUAUCGCCAUAGGAAUAGUGGGCAGUUGAGGAAUAGGAGCGGGGGGGUGAAUAGGUUGGUGAAAGUGGGGCAGCAGAAUGUGUUCAAUGUGGAGAGGUUUGGUGAGGUGGUGGGGAUAGAGGCGACGAAUGAUUAUUUGUUUGUUUUGACUGAGAGUGCUUUGGUGGCUAUUGGUAUUCAAUAGGGCAUGAAUGACGGAAUGUCGGACCGAUUUUUACGAUAUCUUAAUACCGGAUUUGAUGAGUAUGAAUAUUGGAAUUGUUUGGUUUCUUUUGUAAAGAAAUUAAAUAAAAUUUAAACCAGUGACCGGCCCGCUAUCCCUUAUCGGGGUUUUAUAAGGGUAUUGCAUAAGGCUUAACUCACCAAACCCUUUGCCAGACAAAACCCUUUGUUUUGCUUUUAAAAACACUUAUAUAAAGCUACCACACUCGAGUAAUCGGUAGCCCAAAUAACCUUACAAAACCCUUAUCAUCCGCUCACCAACACCUUGCAUAUUGCUUAUAAGGGUUAGCCUUAUAAAGGGCUUCCCUUUUAGCAUAUAAGCGCGCUAAUUUAAGUUGUCUACCUUGUUCAUAAAGCACACAUUACUUCGAAUCCGAGCGAUCGUUGGCGGCGACGGCGGCGUUCUUUGACUAGGCACGUAUUUUCUUUUCUUUUCAUACACUACCAUAGAUAUAUACUAAUCCUGUCUCUUUCACGCAAAGGGGAAACCUUUAUAAAAAGCGCUUAAAGAUAAGGGUAACCCUUAUUAAGAGCUAGCCUUAUUUUUGGUUAGCUUUUCGGUAAGGGUUAGUCAAAAGUAAGGGUAUGAAUAGGCUUGCAGUUUAAAAGGGAAAGUCUUUCAAUGUGUUAGCCGUGUUUAAGUGUCGCCCAUUGAAAGGGUUUUAUCGCGGAAAGGGUUGUCCGGUCCCUGAUUUAAACAAGUGCGAGUCUUGCGUACGAAGGGUUCUCCAGGGCAUAAAUAUAUAUACAUUCCCAAAGUUUCAAAAAUAUGGGGCAUUUUCUAUAAAAAGGGACCUUAUUGUCGAUGGCGCUUACGCCGCACAGCGUCGCGCGGCAUUGUAUUUAUAUCGGAGCAUCGUUUAUAAUGGCGUAAACGCCAUCAACAAUGAGGUCCCUUUUUAUAGAAAAUACCACAUAUUUGUACGCUCUUACACCUUAGACAAUAAAGUCGAUUUUUGAGCCAUUUGUCUGGAUCGAUAUUUUUGCUAAAAACAGAAUAAAAUAAAUAUUUAACUGUACCAUUUACGCAAAAAAACGGCAAAAAGAUCACGUUUGUUGUAUGGGAGCCCCACUUAAAUAUUUAUUUUAUUCCGUUUUUAAUAUUUGUUGUUAUAGCGGCAACAGAAACUACCCAGGAAGCUCUGGAAGAGAAGUUUUUUUACCAUUGUUAAUAUUUUGACAUAGGUAGGUAAUUUUUUGACAUCCCAGCUGAAAUCAACCAAUAGAAUUGGUUCUCUCCUCCGCUCCGCACGUCUCCUUUCAUCUCCGCUCUAUUGAAAUCCGAAAGUGGCCCUCAAAUCCCAGUAGUAUAAUCCUAAAACCUCCCUGGCAACGGGAAUGCACUUAUUUUUUAACCACCCUGUAUAGGAUGAAUUAAUUAAUU